AUGCCUUCCACAACCCGCCACCAAUUCCAAUCCCUUCAGGGGCGUGUCGCAGUAGUAACUGGCUCCGGCCGAGGCAUCGGCAAGGGAAUCGCCCUAGAGCUCGCGUCACGCGGCGCCAAUGUCGUUGUCAAUUACGCCAACUCGACGGCCGCGGCAGAAAGUGUCGUUGCCGAAAUAAAGGCCAUGGGCCCUGACGCCAUUGCCGUUAAAGCCGACGUCAGCGAUGUUGAACAAAUCAAAGAUCUAUUCAAGAAAGCUUACGAUAAGUUUGGACACAUUGAUAUCGUGGCUAGCAAUAGCGGUAUUGAGUCAUUCGACCGCAGCGUCGACCUCACCCCGGAGCACUUUGACAAGGUUUUCAAUAUCAAUACGAGAGGUCAAUUCUUUGUUGCCGUCGAAGGUUACAAAUACAUGAUCAAAACCGAGAACCGAUCUGCGGCCGGUGGCAGGAUCAUUUUGACCUCUAGUAUCGCAGCAGGUGUUAUGGGAGUGUACGAUCAUGCAUUAUACGAAGGCUCGAAGUCCGCCGUGGAGGGUCUGACGCGCUCACUUGCUACCGAUUUUGGGGCCGAAGGCAUUACUGUCAAUGCUAUUGCUCCGGGAGGAGUUGUUUCAGACAUGUCCGCUGAAGUUGCCUGGCGAUAUAUCCCUGGUGCAGACAGUAGUUGGCCGCAGGAGAAGAUUGUGGCCAGUCUGGCAUCUGCUUCUCCCAUGAAGAGAGCAGCAUAUCCGAAGGAUAUUGCCAAAACGGUGGCUAUGCUGGCUGGUGAUGACAGUGGCUGGAUUACAGGGCAGACAAUCCUCUGCGCAGGCGGCGCAUCAGUCUAG